AUGUUUGAUUGCAAUCCUGUUAGAAUUCCUUUGGAAGUUGGUACUAAAUUAUCUCGAGAAGGUGAUGGUGCAGAAGUUGAUCCUACCAGUUUCAAACAAUUUGUUGGGAGUUUGAGAUAUCUCACAUGCAUAAGGCUAAAUAUAGCCUAUGGAGUUGGUUUAAUUAGAAGAUAUUUAGAGGCCCCUUGCCAAUCUCAUCUACAAGUUGCAAAGACAAUUAUGCAGUAUCUAAAGAGGACUUAUGAUCAUGGUUUGCUUUAUUCUUCAUCUAACAAUUGUGUUGUUGUAGGCUAUUCUAAUAGUGAUUGGAGUGGAGAUCAUGAUGAUCGUAAAAGCACUUCUGGCUAUGUCUUCAAUUUUGGCACCAUCGCAUUUUCAUGGUUGUCAAAGAAGUAG